AUGUCUCUUGGUUCGCCGUUUUACACGACAUGCAUCGUUUUUUCUCUCUGCUGCCUUUGCUUGAACCCACAUACCUACAUUCUUCUCCGUGUGUCUUGUCUUGUCUCGUCUUUUUUGGCCCUCCCAUCCUGCUCUUUUGCCAACCUGCGCCGGCCAAGUCCGUGCCCCCUUGAGUUUAUCGGACUGUUCUCUCCUUUCGUUUCUCCGCAAGUAUCGACCCUGGCUACCAUAGUAUUUGGCAUCUUUCGUCUGGAUAUUCCACAGACUCUCAGAGAUAUUAGAUCCUUUACCCGUUCCGGUCUGCCCACCCCCAUCCACCCCAUCGUGGACUAUCUCCACCAAUCCCACUUGUGA